CUUGGCCGAGGCGGUGGAGGCUGUGGUGAAGGCGGCGGCGCCUCGGCUGGGGACGGUGCUCCGCUGGGCCCUCUUGCAGGCACCAUGGAGACGGCGGCGGGCGGGGGCUGCGGCUCCGGACCGCCACUGCUGCUGAGCGAGGGCGAGCAGCAGUGCUACUCCGAGCUCUUCGCGCGCUGCGCCGGCGCCGCUGGCGGGGGCCCCGGGCUCGGGCCCCCUGAGGCCGCCAGAGCCGCCCCCGGCGCGGCCACAGCAGCGGCGGGCCCUGUGGCCGACCUGUUCCGGGCAUCGCAGCUGCCUGCCGAGACGCUGCACCAGAUCACAGAACUGUGUGGUGCCAAGCGGGUUGGCUAUUUUGGUCCGACCCAGUUUUACGUUGCCUUGAAAUUAAUUGCUGCAGCACAGUCUGGCCUCCCAGUGCGGAUAGAGAGUAUUAAAUGUGAGCUGCCGCUGCCUCGCUUUGUGAUGUCAAAGACCGAUGCUGAGAUACGGUUUGGGAACCCGGCUGAGCUGCACGGAACUAAAGUUCAGAUUCCAUAUUUAAUCACAGAAAAAAAUACCUUCAAAAGAAUGGACGAUGAGGAUAAGCAGCAGGAAACGCAGUCUCCCACGAUGUCACCCCUCGCCUCCCCGCCUUCUUCCCCGCCUCAUUAUCAGAGGGUGCCCUUGAGCCAUGGCUACAGCAAACUGCGGAGCAGCACGGAGCAGAUGCAUCCAGCUCCAUAUGAAGCUAGACAGCCCCUUGUGCAGCCUGAGGGACCCUCGUCAGGGGGCCCAGGAGCCAAACCCCCUCGGCAUCAGGCUUCCCUUAUCCGGUCCUUUUCAGUGGAGAGAGAACUGCAGGAUAACAGCAGUAAUUACCCAGAUGAACCCUGGCGGAUAACAGAAGAGCAGCGCGAGUACUAUGUCAACCAGUUCCGGUCCCUGCAGCCUGACCCGAGUUCCUUCAUUUCAGGUUCUGUGGCCAAGAACUUCUUCACCAAGUCAAAGCUUUCCAUUCCUGAGCUUUCCUAUAUAUGGGAACUUAGCGAUGCUGACUGUGAUGGAGCCCUGACCCUGCCCGAGUUCUGUGCUGCGUUUCAUCUCAUCGUGGCCCGGAAGAAUGGCUACCCACUGCCCGAGGGCCUGCCUCCAACUCUGCAGCCGGAGUACCUGCAAGCAGCCUUUCCUAAGCCCAAGUGGGAGUGCGCGUUGUUUGAUUCGUAUUCUGAGUCAAUGCCAGCAAACCAGCAACCCCGUGACUUGAAUCGGAUGGAGAAGUUGUCUAUCAAAGACAUGGCUGACUUUCCUGUCCCCACCCAGGAGGUGACUGGUGAUGACAAACAAGCUUUGAAAAGUGCUGCGGAUGAAGCCUUACCAAAGGACGUAUCUGAGGACUCAGCCACUCCUAAGGAUUCCAACAGUCUCAAAGCAAGACCAAGAUCCAGAUCUUACUCUAGCACCUCCAUAGAAGAAGCCAUGAAAAGGGGCGAGGACCCUCCCACCCCGCCACCGCGGCCACAGAAAACCCAUUCCAGAGCGUCCUCCCUGGAUCUGAAUAAAGUCUUCCAGCCCAGUGUGCCAGCUUCUAAGUCAGGAUUGUUACCUCCACCACCCGCGCUCCCUCCAAGACCUUGUCCAUCCCAGUCUGAACCAGCAUCGGAGGCUGAGUUACACCCCCAGCUGAGCAGAGCCCCCUCCCAAGCUGCGGAAAGUAGUCCCACAAAGAAGGACAUACCGUAUUCUCAGCCCCCAUCAAAGCCCAUCCGUAGGAAAUUCCGACCUGAAAAUCAAGCUACAGAAAAUCAAGAGCCUUCGAGCACUGUAGGCGGGCCAGCUUCCGUAGCAAGCGUGAAACCCCAUCCCGCCGUCCAGAAACAGUCAUCCAAACAGAAGAAGGCUAUUCAAACUGCUAUCCGCAAAAAUAAGGAGGCAAAUGCAGUGCUGGCCCGGCUGAACAGUGAACUCCAGCAGCAGCUCAAGGAGGUUCAUCAAGAACGGAUUGCGUUGGAAAACCAACUGGAACAACUUCGUCCAGUCACUGUGUUAUGACCCCCACGAUGCAAGUCACAGUGGGUGACCUUUCCUGCCAGGAUCUUUCCUUUGAAUGUUUCGACGCAACUACUCGUCCUCGAUGUCUGAGACUGUGUCACACGCUGUGAGCAGCGGCAUAUACUCCAUAUCACCUUUUCUCUUGUAGUUCACAUGUGCAUUUUACUGUGGUGGGAAAAAAUACAACUGAUUAUCACACUUGAAAUUGUAAUUAUUAGUGGAAUUUGUCUGCCGUUCUUAAGUACUUCCUCGAGGUGUUAGAUGUUGCUCCUUGCCAAAAAACCAGUCUUCUAGCAAAUAAAAGCGAUUUAGAGCAUUAUUUAUUUAAAGAAUGUAUGGUACCAAACUCUAUUAUCCAGUACCUUCGGGAUGUUUGUUUUAUUUUUGUAUGUAUAUCGUAUACAGUAGGUUGGUUUCCUGAAUAAUUGCAAUUCCAGCUGGAUAGUCCAUGGCAUGAUGAUAAUAAAACAGAAACUAGAAUAAAACGAAAGCGUUAGAUUUAGACUGGCGUUGUGCCCUCCACCACUACUAUGCCAAAAAUUGCUUCUCUAGUGCCAUCUUGAUGUUAUAUCUAGCUAUAAAUAAUACCUGGCUAUUGUUUUCUCUUGAAUGGCAAAGACUUAUUCGGUCUUUACAUCUCUCUAAAGUAGCGGUUCUGUUCAUAGUCUUAUUUAACUUGGCCCAGCGAGGCCAUCAACUCACAUAACUCAGCCGUUUCGUGUAGGUUUCGGGGCAAGAGCAAUCCACCCUCGCCGCCUUUCCCGAUCGAAUUAAGAAAUAGUUGCCAAACCUCUACUUUUAUCCUGCAUGGGGUAACCUCUCCGGAAAUGCAUGACCUUGAAAACCACCCCUCCCUUAGGCAGACCUGAUGGGACUGUUUGGACCGAUGAAGAUGUGUUGUCUGAAACCAGGUAUUCAGCCUAGGGAAGAAGGGGCCGUGGUCGUUACCAGCAAUGCAGCCAUCUCUAGUGGUCACUUUUGUCUUUGUUAUUUUAACCCGGAUUGUGAGUGUAUUGGGUAUGAAGACAUAAUGAAAGCAAGCCGAUCCUCAUGCUGGGUAUACAGCUCUUCUGUUCUCUGUGAAGCGUGCCCUUGCAAAGUGAUGGGUUGAUGUGCAGCCCGGAGGAGCCCAGCCUCUUCGCGCCUCGAGUGUAAGUGGUGAGAAAGGGUCAGUUGCGAUCGCAGAAGCCAGUGCUGUCUGGAGGAUUGCCCAGCCCGCGCCUCCUGAAAGCUCAAGCUGCGAGUGGGAGUCGGCUGGCCCCCACGGGUGCUGGGGCUCAGCAGCUUUAAGCUCACUUCAAGAGGCCGAUGGCCAGAAACGCCGUCUCUUGUGCCUUUUGCUAAUUUCCCCGUUCUUAGCACAGAGGGGGCGAUGGGCUCAGGUCCUCUCUGAAGUGGUUUAGGGAAGGUUUGCAGCAUGUGGGGCUAAGCUUUUGGUUGCAAUGGAGUUGACCGCUUUUAGGAAGAGUAGGCGUUUAUUUGGUGCUUCCCGUUCCAUUGGCAAACUGUGUCACUGGCUCAGCGGCAGAGGAGAAAGGCUCAAACAGAUGAUGUUUUUCCAAAGAAAAGCAAAUUGAUCUGUUCUGUGCACAUUCAAGGAUUUUGAAUUGCUUUGAUUUUGAAAAUCACAAGACUUGAGCUAGCUCUCGACUCACCUUUUCCUUCCCUUUUGGCCGCCUUUUUUGUCCCUGUGGGCGGGAUUCAGAGUCCGUUUCAAUCCUUUCUAAGGUGACGAAUGGGUGAGUGAGCAUUUUUUCAGUAACCUCUUUUCUCAUGUUCUGAGAUCUGGGGGCAGUGGCCUUGUCGCAGAUGGUUCGCAUCAUGUGUGUGUUUUCUUACAUUCGGUCCAGGGAAGACUGGCCCGUGCACCCUGUCGCAUCAUCAGUGCAUCUGCACACGCUCCAGAGUGCGCUGCUUAUCCAUUAAGCAAGCUUAUCAGCUAAAGAAUGUUAGUCUCUGUUACGUGUUUUCAAAAUAGGGACAUGCCUUCUUUCCCCCAUCAAGCCAAGGCCAGAGUGGACCACAUGAGGAGGUUGGGGUUUUGUUUAGCUCGCUUGGUUUUCAUUAAAGGAAAAAAAAAAAAAAACUUGCCUUGGACAAUCAAAGCCUCAUGAGUUGCAUAGUCUCACCACUACUUUAGGAUGGGCGUCGCUGUAAAGCAUACACAGUGCUAGUCCUCUCAGCCUUCUUGACCGGACUUAAUAAUGACCGCAGUUUCUCAGUUGCCUAGAAGUCGAUUAAAAAAAAAAUUAAACACAUGCACAUCCCAUUACUAUUACCUAACUAGCGCCCAUCCUCUAUUUCUCUGUUUUCUUAGGAUGUAUGCUUUUACUUUAGGAUUAUAACUCCUGAUAGUGUUGCUGGGAGCCUUUAAUAUGCUUGAUUGGAAGGCUGGGGUAUUGCUAUCACCAUUAUACCUCUUCUUUAAAACUACUCAAAAAUAAGACCUGCUCGUUGGGCGGGAUUCUGUGGACAGAAGGUCGAUGUUGCCUCCAUCCCUGGGCGUUUAAUAAUCGUAUUGUCAAGCACUCUUCCACCAUGGGAGUCCCGAAGUCCCAAGGACAAAAGCACAGUCGGAGCAGAGAGCCCACUUCACGGGCACCUCCGUGCCUCUGGUAUGUGGCAUUGUUGCUUUUGCCACCUCCUUAGCCAGCCGACGUGGAGCAAAGCCAAAAGGUAGCUCUCUGCAGUGGAGGGCUGUGUUGUAAUCAAGGUAGACACUUGCCUUAGUUGAAAGGAUCUGACUGCUUGAUAAACAUUAGGCGAGUGCUUUGGGUCUGUUUGGCAGAGGAGGCAGCCUAGCUGGAAGCUGUGCCCAUUUGCCUCUCAUGGCACAAGAGGACGUCAGAGAUGAGGGCACUGUUCUCAUAUCCUGCAGUGGCUGCUGGGGAAACCCAGGCCCUAAGAAACCACAGUUCCUUGCCCAGGAGUCCAGAGAAGGAGGUAGCUGGUGCCAGAGAUGGGAUUUCAUGGAUUCCAAGCUGAGUCCCCUUAGCCGCGAGCAUUACUGAAAAUAGAUCAGAAGAAUUGUUCUGUUUACCAUGUUGAAUUUUAUUUCCUUAAUUAAUCAGCCUUAAAAUAUGAAAACAAGGUUUGAUGAGCUUCUGAUCUAGAUCUUUCCCUUGAAUUUGAAGCAAAAACUAAAAUCUGAAGGGAAAGAAUAUGAUGGAACUAUUUGUUCUUCUGAACACCUCACCUUUCAUGAUGUAGUAAAUUACCCUGAGUUUCUUGGCAGACCUUUUGACCGCUGUUGCUUUGAAUGGAUUCCAUUCCUGUAUUCCUUAUGGGAGUUUGUUUUUAAAGUAGACUACUGUGUUGGAAAUGAACUCAAUCUGUAGUAAGGUAUAGUUUUCUUCAGUAUAUCUUGGGUGACUUGGGUUGCAGAUAUUCAAUUUCAGCAUCGUUUAGGGUGAGUAAUCAAAACCAUGAAUUUUUCUUUGAUUUCCUAGUAAUGUGCGAGCUGUCGUAAAGCAUUCUUCUCAUCUGUGACUUGAUUCUAAUCUGUUUCUAAAUAACGUUUGUCUGUUUCCUAAAUGAGCUCUCACAACCAUGGUAGAUGGUUACUUAGAAGAGCAAUAAGCAAAUCAUCUGAAGAUGGAUGUUUUUCUUGCAGUUAAGACAGGCAUUUGCAAAUGCAGUAGCUGGAAAGAUCUCAAUUUCAGUAUAACACCUUAGAGCCAAAAACAUUUGUUCAGCGCAAGCUAGAAUCACACCUUCUGACAAGCUAUCACUAAGGCAAUGUGAUUUUUAAAACUUUUUUUUUUUUUUUAAAUCACAACUAUCAUAGCAACCAGAUCUUCCCAUAUUACUGACAAGUAGGACUCAGUAGGUUGUGGUUUGAACAUUGUGAACACGAACAAAGGGAAAUCUCAGUUGAGGGGUCUUUUUUCUCUUCCAGCUAGAGAACACUAGUAACUUUGGUUUCUCUCACUGACUUGUUGACGCUGUUUCAAGUGUACGCUUUUAAAACUGACUUCAAAAGAUCACUUGAAUUGACACUUUAGUUAUGGAUGCUUUGUUGUUUUUUGCAUGAUGACUCCGUGUGGUUCAAGUUUCUAGUAAGAAGGAGGGGUGUGGGCUUGUGGGGUCCCGAGGAGCUGUGUCUUGCUUGCACUUGGGCGCACGCUGAGGGAGACGGCCCAGCACCGCCGACAGGUGCCGGCACAUGCUGCGAGUCUUACUGUGUGAGCCCCUUCCCUUUGCUGUUUGCAGUGGAAUGCAGCUGGUUAACUGACCCUCUCACAAGCAACCUCAAGAACAACAGACAAGGGGGGCCGGGCACUCCAAGCCGGGGGUGCAGAUUCUAAGAGCUGCUUCCCUACCGCAAAUAGGCUUUCCGAGGUUGCCUUUACCAAGCCAUCCCUGAAACAGCCAGUCUGUGAAUGUGAGCGCGACAUCCCAGGGCCGCUUCGGGGCUUGUCCAGUGAUGUGUUCUACAUUGCAUAACACACAUGUUGGUAAAGGAGGCUUUUCUCAAAAGCUUUACAGGGCUUCAGUCGACAGAACUUGUUCUGGUUACAGAAGCCUUGCUCAGCUCUCAGCCCUUGGGGAGUGCUUAUUUUGUGUGUUUUGUGGCGUCUCCUUGCUUGCUCUAAGCUGGGUUCAUGCCCAUGGCACGGUGGAGAAAGUGCUUUAUGGUUCUGAAGACCAGAGGACUUAAGUGAGCUUGCAUUGGAAUUUGGGGGCUGCCCUGGGGAAACUUCUGGUUCCUUCUCCCGCAUAGAGCCCCCUGUAGGACAGCUGGGCUGCGUCCUAAAGCUCCUUCAGGAAGCUGUGUCGGGGAGUGGAACCAGUGAUGCGGUGACCCCUUGUACGGAGACGGGAUCCACUGAGUUGUGUUGGUUCUGUUGUGUUUUAAGGCAGCUGGGGUGAGGGCUUCUCCUGCAGCUGUCUUGGGCACCGGGUACACCCUUUUCUUUGGCACUGCCAUUCUUUUUGUCUCCAGCACAAAUCCAGUGUUCAGGUGAGCCACAGGUGGGAAGAGCCAUUUUCGUCUUCAUAGCUGUGGGCCAGGAGAGAGAAUGAGCUGAUGGUCUAUUUUAACCUUGAAAGUAAAAAUGUAUAUUUUUUCACUACAGGUACAUUGAACAGUAAAAUGAGUACCAGCAAAGUAUAUAUUUGAUGCCUUCUGUCUUUUCAUGAUAAUGUGCUAACAAGUCGUGUUAGUGUUUUACUCAGCCAUUCGUUUGCUAAGCAUUGGGAACUGUAUGUACAUUGAUCUUAAACCUAAAUAAAUAUGGGGUGUCCUAUAUUUGGAUUGUGACUUGUAAACUCAAGCUAACCUUCCUGCCUCUCUUUCACACUUGUUGGAAAGUCUGUGGAGAACAUAGUAGCUUAAGAAUCGCCAACGUUGGAAAAUGUACAUGCUGUGAAACUGGGGUGCUAUGUGAACAAAUAAAUAUAUGAUAACUGA